GCAUUCACCAUAACCAUAUGGUUCUUAUAUAAAUAAGAUACUGUGUUUUAAAUCAAAUACAAUUAUGGCAUUUGCCAGGCCUGAAAAUAUCUAUAUGUUAGCAGCCCAAUUAUCUCCUAAAUUAGAAAAGAAAAAGGUCACAACUCCUCCAUCUACUACAAAAUUAAAAGUUUUUUUUAACAAUGAUACAUUACAAAAUGAAGCAAAGAAUUCUGCAAUUAAAUAUGUGGCUCAUAUUUUACAAAGACCAGAUCAAUUGGAUAAAAUUGAACAACACACUAAGCGUAUUCAUAGAAAAAAGGUUAUGGUUGAAGCAUUGUUGAAAUCAAUGAUACAAUCAUAUUUAGAAGGUGUUAGUAAAGGGUUAACACAACUCCAGGAUGCCUUGAAAGAUAUUAAAAGUAUUAAGGAAAGAAUUAAAGGUAUCAAAGAAACCUAUAAAGAUGUAGCACCAUUGGUCAUAAAGCUAAAAGAUAUUAAAGAUGAAAGUCAUAAGCAUAAUCAGUUUGCAUCUGCAGUAGAAAAUUUAAAACAUAUUUUCAAUGUUCCUGAAAUAAUUAAAAAGGCAAAUAUUUAUCUGAAUGAUGGUAAUUUGUUACAUGCUCAUCAAUGUAUUCAAGAUCUAGAAAGAUCACGUGAUGAUUUACUAUGGGAAUUGCACAGUCAACCAACUCCAAAUCCCAUUGACAUAAAUAUGAUUCAUAGGUAUUACGAAGACCUACAAGACCUUAACGCUCGUCUGACGAAGCAACUUUUGCUCAUAGGUGAUAGGCUAAUCCCCAGCACUCGGAAGGAACCCACUCUGGUCGUUACCAUGGUCCGAAUAAUCGAGAGGGAGGAAAAGAACGAUUUCCACAUUCGUAAUCGAACCGAAUUUACCGGUUUUAACCCGCCCGGCCGGCCCAAAGACCUGAAACGGAAAUUUUUCGAGGUUCUAACCGCGUCUAUACGGAAUAGUCUAGAAGGUACCCAAUCCGAAGACAGGAUAGUUAGCAAUGUCUGGUUGGUCAAACAUCUGGAAAUGAUCAGACUCAAAUAUCUCGACGACUUGAGAGUUAUCAAGAAAAUUUUGCCGCCAUGUUUCCCGGACACCUAUAACAUAUUCCACGUCAUGACUAAUCUGUACCACAAGGCCUUAUCUUACAGACUUAAAGAAUUGGUGGACGAUAACUUGGAAGGCAACGAAAUUAUUACCCUGCUGACGUGGAUCAAAGAUUACGAUGGACGCGACUUAUUGGGACAUCCCGAUCUUCAGAUCGCCGACUUAAAUUUGCCGCCAUUGUUGGAACAAUCCGUUAAAGAUAAUUUGAUCGAAAAAUAUUUGCAAACUAUGCAAAACAACGUUCAAGAGUGGAUGCGCAAUACGGUCAAAUCCGAUUCCAAGGAUUGGUACAGCGAGAAAAUACCCGAUAUGGUGGACGGUUAUUUUUACAACACUCAAAUGCCUUUCGUACUUCACGACAUGUGCAAACAAAAUAUCAAAGUAGCCGAACAAGUCAGUCAAAAUUUGACAACCAAAGCUGUCCAUUUGCUAGUAAAUCAGAUGAGCGAAUUCGCCAAUCUUUAUUCUGAGGCUCUCAAGGAAUACCACAAUAAGCAUAUAGUUGACAGAAAAUAUCCUCACUAUUUUAUUCAUUAUACGAUGGCUGUCAUUGACAACUGUCAAAGUUUCGGCGAUUUUAUGGUAAAACUUAGGGACGACGUGGUGGACCCAGAGGAACAGGAUGAUAUGGACAAAAGCAUUUUGCAAAUGAAACUCAAUAAAUUGGUCAAAACGCUCGAUAAAGUGGCCGAUAGGGGUUGUUCCUAUUUGCUGGAAGAAGUUUUUUUGGAUUUGGAGACACAUUUUCAAAAUUUGAUGACGAAAGAUUGGCUGACCGACAAAAAUUUGGACGGGGUUAUAAGAGCCACUAUAGACGAUUACGCCCAAGAUUACGUGCACCUUAAGCCUCGUUACUUUGUCAGGAUCGUGAUGGAAGCGGAGAAUAGGGUCGUACUCGAAUAUCUUAAAGGAAUGAUCGCCAAGAGAUACGUUUUCAAAUCUUUCGAGGAACGCAAGGAGGCGUGCGAAAAGUUGAGUAACGAAGCGGCUAACCUUAUAAAUUUUUUCAACGAACUGCGAAGCAAACCUAUCAAGAUAUUAAGCCUAACGGAUCCAGAUCUGAUCAAACAUUACAAGACCUCUUCUUCUAUUACUUCACCUUUGGACAUGACCAAACUGGAGUCCUCCGCCCCCACGCAAAACAACGCUACUUGUUUGAUAGUUAUAGCCGAAAUCUUGAAGAUGAAGGAUACCACCCUACUUACCCUAGAAAUCUCGGGUCUCCUGGCCAAGUUCAAGGAUGUCAGCUACGAUAAUCUAUGCCAGAUACUUAGUAUUAGAGGUGAUUUAUCUAAACCGGAUAUAAAAAAUAUCCUCCUCGAGAUCAUGCCAGAAAAUGUGGCCGGAUCAACGUCCCAAACUUUAGGCAUAGUUGGGCUAGGUUCUACUAACCCUCUCUUAUCCUUACCAAAUGCCUCCAGCAACAUAUUGGUUCAAGCUGCCAGAGGCGUAACCGGUAAACUAACCGCUUCAGCAUCGGCGCUCAGCCUUAAACACAGUCCUUCCUUCAUUGAACCCGAAAAAUCCAUUUUUUCUCGUUUGAACGAUUCAUAAAAAUAUUCAUGUUCCAGAAUUAAUCAGUUUUUUUCGUAGUAUAUGAUAAAUUUAUGUCCAUAGUUACCUCUCCAUGUUAAUAUUCAAUCACCAAAAUUAUCAUUCACCCCUCCCCCCCUCCACUCCCUCAGUCAUAUCCACUCAAUUGAUGAUGACCAACACGUUUUAUUCGUUUAUUAAAAAUUUUGUUUAAGAACGAGAAUAUAUUUGUAAAAUAGAUAAUUAAAUUGUGAGUAGGAAGGAAAUAUAAAUAAAUGAAUUUUUUGCUGUAAUAUGUUAGUUAUUUUGAAUAUAAUGAUUUUUUUU